AUGAUCCUUGCUAUCGGUUGUUAUGUUGAUCUCAACAGACCAGCUGAGUCUCCCGACAGCGAAAAAUACCAUAUGCUUGCCCGCGCUGCUCUUUGCGAAAUUCCAGUCUUGGAAGACACAACUGUGGAGACAGUCACCGCACUGUAUUACGAACUGUGGUUCCUAUUGGUGUUCUCAGACAAGAAAAAGAGCACAGACCAAGCCUGGGCACUCAUGGGUCUGACUGCCAAGCUUGCUCAAAGUGUAUAUCGUAAUGGGGUCAAAUCUAAGGUCAUUCCCGAGGAGGUAGAGAACCGUCGCAGUCUGUUUUGGGAGCUAUUAUGUUUGGACUCCCGUCUUGCACUGUCUCUAGGUCGACCUCCAUCUUUAUCCGUCAAACAUAUGGAUUGUUCACGUCCGAUGUAUAUUCCUGACCCUCAUUGUGAUUUCUUGGAGUCCUCUCAUCAUUAUCAAAGCUGGAAACACUCUUUCUAUGUCGACUGUCUAUAUCCCAUUGUCGAUGCUCUUUCCCAACCUGGAAUUGAAUACAGUACCGUUCUCGAACUGGACAUGCAAGUUCGAAAAUUUCCCAUCCCCGAACACCUACAAAGACAGAAUUCGCAAUCACGUAUAAUGCUUUUGCAGCAGUCCGUUAAACCCCCGGUCAAUUUAGUACUCCUACAACUCCAUCGGACCUACUUUAUGAGAGCUCUCAGUGGUCCUGAAGAAGCUUUCAAUAAACGGCAUAGAUAUGCCCCAUCAGUUGUUGCAGUCUGGCUUGGUGCUGUGCGGAUGAUAGCUGCAGUUGAAACACUGUAUCGACGUGAACCCGAACUAGCUGCACGGAUACUUGGAUAUUGGUCGAACACAUUCUCGGCGGUGGUUGCAAUUGCGCUGCUUGUCAGUCGAGCACCGUUUACAUGCCUAUCCCCUGCUGGUCUUCAAGAAUUGCAACGCGCGCGACUACUCUACCAGGCUGUAACUCAUACGAGAUCUAGUGAGAUAGUGCCAAUGCUUGACAUUAUCAUAGCGAAAGCGAAUAACAUCUUUCAACGAUGGUAUCAUGGCCAAGAUGUUCCCACCUUGGUGCUACGGCACGAAGACGAACAUGAUACCUUUAUUGAUCAAUUGAUCAAGAUGGAUUCUAAUCCGUUCGUUCCUGCUCCCAGUCCGCCACCAACAGAUGAUUCAUUCCAACACGCACACCCUCUCCUCACACAAUGCAUUGCAGAAGCUCACGAGAGGGCCAAAAUUAUGUUUCCGAUGCGUAAACCUUGUCAGUGCUCUGUUGGGAACCCUACCACCUGUCCGCCUUCACAUUCGUGGACUCCGCCUCCGCAUAUAGACCUUUCGAGGCCCAUUCUGCCCUAUCUGUAUGCCGAGAUUGCUAAUCCUUUUGUGUUCGAUGCUGCUCCCGCCAUUCCCCCGAUCACUUCCCAUUACACCGGGUCUAACUCAGUUAAUUUCGAGCUCGGUGCGUUGCAUCCUAACACGGAACAGAGUUGGAUGGGUUGGUUCUGA